GGAAGAAGAUUCGUUUCACCGCGCUGUCUGUUGUUUUAAUGUGGCGCUGGUUUAAUACAAACUGUUAGAAAUAUAAUUUCUGUAAACAGGAAAAUACAGUUUUUGAAUCGGGUCAGUGAAUACAUGUUAUAUUCACUUCAUCAUUAGUCGUGUCUAAGUGUUGAAGCAAAGAGAAAUAUAUCGGGAAGAAUAUCAGCUGAAGAUGGUGUUUGUUAAAGAGGAGACUGGGGAGAACACGAGUGAAAUAAAAGAAGAGGAACCAGAAACCUGGAGAAUAAAAGAAGAGGAACCAGAAACCUGGAAAAUAAAAGAAGAGGAACCAGAAACCCGGAAAAUAAAACAAGAGGAACCAGAAACCUGGAAAAUAAAACAAGAGGAACCAGAAACCUGGAAAAUAAAACACGAGGAAGGAGGAGAGUUUAUUGAAGAAAGUGAGGAGAACAAAAAAUGGAGUGAAAUUGAGGAGAAAAAUCAUGUCAAAACUGGAGAAAAACCUUUGAGAGCUAAGAAAACUUUCACAUGCACUCAGUGUGGAAAGAGUUUCACAUACCAAUGUCAUCUUGAUUUUCACAUGAGAUUUCACACUGGAGAGAAACUGUUCACUUGUAAACAAUGUGGGAAGAGUUUUACACAAAAAAGAAGCCUUAUGGCACAUAUGAGGAUCCACACUGGAGAAAAACCUUACAAGUGUUCACAUUGUGACAAGAGAUUCAGUGAUUCAGGAGACCUGAAAAAACAUGAGAGGAUCCAUACUGGAGAGAAACCUUAUAAGUGUUCACAUUGUGACGAGAGAUUCAAACAGUCAUCACAUCUAAAAACACAUGAGAGGAUCCACACUGGAGAGAAACCUAUUAAGUGUUCACAUUGUGACAAGAGAUUCAGUAGGUCAACAAACCUGAAAACACACGAGAGGAUCCACACUGGAGAGACACCUUACAAGUGUUCACAUUGUGACAAGAGAUUUAAUCAAUCAACACAUCUAAAAAAACAUGAGAGUAUCCACACUGGAGAGAAACCUUACACAUGUAAUCAGUGCGAGAAGUGUUUCACACACUCAUCACAACUUAAGGAUCACAUGAACAUCCACGCUGGAGAGAAACUGUGCUCAUGUGAUCAAUGUAAUAAAACAUUUUUGAGCGCUUCAGACCUGAAGAAACACCUGACAGUUCAUACAAAGGAGAAGCCAUAUACAUGUUAUUUGGGUGGAAAGAGUUUUUCAAAUUUUUCAGUUUUGAAAAUACAUCAGAAAACACAUACUGGUGUAAAAAAGCACAAGUGCUCAGAGUGUGAAAUCACUUUUACUUCAGCGGGUGGUUUAAAACAGCAUGAGAGGAUCCACACUGGAGAAAAACCUUAUGAGUGUUCACACUGUGACAAGAGAUUCAGUAGGUCAGCAUACCUGAAAACACAUGAGAGGAUCCACACUGGAGAAAAACCUUAUGAGUGUUCACACUGUGACAAGAGAUUCACUCAGUCAGGAUACCUGAAAAUACAUGAGAGAAUCCACACUGGAGAAAAACCUUUUGAGUGUUCACACUGUGACAAGAGAUUCAGUAGGUCAGCAGAACUGAAAACACAUGAGAGGAUCCACACUGGAGAGAGACCUUUUGAGUGUUCACAUUGUGACAAGGGAUUCAAUAGGAUAACAAACCUGAAAAAACAUGAGAUGAUCCACACUGGAGAAAAACCUUUUGAGUGUUCACACUGUGACAAGAGAUUCAGUAGGUUAGCAGACCUGAAAACACAUGAGAGGAUCCACACUGGACAGAAACCUUUUGAGUGUUCACAUUGUGACAAGAGAUUCAAACAGUCAUCACAUCUAAAAACACAUGAGAGGAUCCACACUGGAGAGAAACCUUUUGAGUGUUCACAUUGUGACAAGAGAUUCAAUAGGAUAACAAGCCUGAAAACACAUGAGAGGAUCCACACUGGAGAGAAACCUUAUCACUGCACUGAAUGUGGGAAGCGCUUCAGUCAUUCAUAUGCUCUACACAUACAUACAAAAAACUAUCACAGUAAGGCCCCUUACAAACAGAGAUGCCUUUAGCUGUUUAUGUACAAAUUUUGUAUCCUAUUGGGUACCAGAGUGGAUCAAUCUGAUGUGUUUACAAUGUGUUUACAAUCUGCUUUUGAAGAAAUAUUGUAGUAACAUGCUACAGUGUACAUUUUGUCAGCUGCAGUUCUGGAGUCUCUGUCUGAACUGUACAACAUCACAUGCAUUCACAUCAGUGUUACAUCGGCUUUAGAGUUACUCUCACGGGUCACUGCACUUAUUCACAGACACAAAAGUACAUUAUUUGCAUGUGCUUUAAAGCCUUGCUGGUUAAAUGUUUCAUUCAUGCGCUGGUCUGAUGUAUGCCUUUUCUGAGCGUCACAUACACCCGAAGCGUGCGCACCAAAAAGCCUGUCAAACAGCGCCUGAUCGCUGAACUAAGUUAUCUUUUGUGCUUAUACUGUCAAAACACAGAAGGUUCACAAGUAGACUAAUAAUAAAAUGAAAGUAAGGAGUUGAGAUGGAACUUUUUUGUGCAAGAAGUUUUCUGGAAAAAAAUUCCAUAUUCUCUCUGGUUCGCUAAUGUGUUAUUUCAUCAACACUUCGUGGCCUAUGCCUUGAUGGUAUGGUAUGGUAGUUUGUGCAUUUCCAUGUUACGUUAUGUUACGUGUAAGAUACUUUGUGUUGUACGUGCCAUGACAUUCAAAUGCACACAAAACUUCUACGAUGUUACCUCAACCUUUCACAGACACACCGUGAAAUUAAUGUUGAAUUGAUUUGCUUGUUAAGGUAUUGUAAACUCAUGAGGAAAGAAAAACUUAAAAGCAUACUCGUAUAUCUUAAAUCUUCUGGUUACAUUAUCCUAAGUAUUUAAGGCAUCAGAGAAGUGUUCUGUAUGAAAGCUAUACAAAACACAGUUUGUCCUGUACUCGCAGGUAAACGUCGUAUGGCCAUCCUAUCCAUACAAAUAACAAAUCAAUCAUUGUUUUGCACAAAUCAUUGUUUGAAUUGUGAAUGUAGCCUCUCAAGAAAAGCUUUAAGACCUUGCAGAAUACUCUGCCGCCUGAACUCUCCCACUUCACUUGUGCUGACGGCAAUCCACAGAAGAGGAUUAAGGCCAUGCAAUAAAAAAAUUAAAAAAACCUCUUGAGAUUAAAGUCGUUACAUUUUGAGAGAAAUGUCGAAACAAAAUAUUGAGAAUAAACUUGUUAAAUUACAAGAAAAAAGUUGUUACAUUUUGGCCAAAAAUUAAAUGAAAUAAAACUAUUUUUUAAGGGUAAUAAAAUGAAGUGCAAAGAGAAAAAUCACUCUCUGUUCUUGACUUAAAAAGAAUUACAGUUUUAAGUAUUACAGUUGCUUUAGGUAUCAGUCUAUAUAGUGUUUUAUUUUUAGAUUUGUUCAUUGCAUUUCUUGAAUGUUCCUGCCAAGUAAACCUUUUGUACCUGAAAAUAAGCCAUUGUUUGUUUUAUUCGUUGUAGUAAUUUAUUUUUAAAUCCCCUUAUUUCUGAUUAAAAAACACACACACACAGUAAAGAUUAUUUAACAGUUUAUUGAACAUAGAAAGCUGCACACUUCUUAUGUUUCCUAGAGUCCUAGAGUCUCUGGCCAUGGAGUGAACGGUCACAUUCCAUGAGUCACCAACAUUUAAGUAAAUGUUAAAAUGCACAUUUUGUUGUGAAUCUUUUUGUUAUUUGGGAUUUCUGUUAAAGUGUUAUCUGAUUGUUUACUUUUUAAUUUUGUUUGGUAGGAACUACAUGGGUAUAUUUAGAGGUUGUUGGUACUACCCAGUCAGUCAGUUGAUCAUCUGGGCUGAUUUCAGUUAUUACAUUGUAUUGUUACUCUGCUAGCAGGGCAGAUUUAUUCUUUUUGUAGGCCUGUUUUGGUUCAGUUAUUUUUCCUUUGUUUUAGUUGAGUUUGCAGGAAUUAUGUUGAACUGGACUUUUGAUAUAUCUGCUUUUGUGGAUUUGAUUAACAUUAUUGUUAUUGUUUUGGUGGAAGAAUAAAUCAACAAUUUUU